AUGGCUGCUUCUGUCAACAACAUUGCAGCUACAUUCGCCACAGCGCCAAUUCCGUCAUCCUCUUCUUCUUCUUCUUCUUCUAAUCAAGCCACCUUUGCUCUUUCCAUGUCGCGUAAACCCAUUUCCACAUCAUGGAAUCCUCACAGAAGUCUUCAUCGGUCCCAAAAAUCCUUUUUCAUUAAUCUCUAUGGACCACCGGGCCCACCGCCUCCCUUCCAAGAAAUCUCCACAGCCAGAGACCCCAGACUCGCAUCCAUUCCCAUAGGCGGGAAGCUCCCUAAUGCGACUCUCUCCUCCCUCGGCCCAAACGGCAGGGUUCAAAACGUUGACAUUUCGAGCCUCGCCAAGGGAAAGAAACUCCUUCUGGUGGGCGUCUCGGCCGCCUUCUCACCCAACUGCACUCGUUUCGUUAAACGGAUUGAGGCAAUGAAAGGGAAGAGCGCGGAUUUGAUAGCAUGUGUGGCCAUCAACGAUGAAUUCGUGAUGAGGGCGUGGGGCCAACAUCUUGGGGUUGGUGAGAAGGUGAUGAUGUUAUCAGAUGGGCGUGGAGAGUUAGCCACAGCACUAGGGCUGUCUACCCAUAUCCAGAAUGAUGUUAGCGCCGGUUCGGGAUUGGGUGUACGGUCCAGGAGGUUUUGCUUAGCUGCUGUCAACGGCGUCAUCACCACCGUUCACUUGGACGAUUCUGAUGAUUACUGCAUUUCUCACGCAACUGGACGGUGCUGA